AUGUCCUCUAUAACGAGGAUAAGUAUAAGAUCAGUACAUCAUAAACUAACACCAUCAACAUAUCCAAAAGUACAAUCAUCAAAAGUAGAGUUAAACCCACCAAAAUAUGGUUUUAGAAAAAUUAGACCACCAAUAUUAGCACAAUCACCAACUAAAACAUUAUUUCCCAAUUCAGAAUUAGCAAAAUUAUAUAUAGAAAAUGGUAAACCUAUACCUAAUAGAUUUAUGAGUCAAAUAGAUUCGCAAAGAGCACAUGAAGAAUUUGAAAAAUUUCAAGAAAAUUUAUCAUUAGAUGAACCACAUUUUACAAAAGGUAAAAAUAAAGUAUAUUUACCUGGUGGUAGAAUUUGUUUAUUAAGACCAAAUGCAAAACAUACUCCAUAUCAAGCUAAAUUUUUAGUACCUAAAUCAAUGAAUAAAAUGGAUUUAAGAGAUUAUUUAUGGAAUAUAUAUGGAUUAAGAGCUUUAAAUGUAACAGUACAAUUACAACCAGCAACUUGGAAAAGGGGUCCACAAGAUUUAGCUCGUUAUAGAAUUCCUCAAUUAAAAAAAAUGACAAUAGAUAUGGCAGAACCAUUUGUAUGGCCAGAAGUAUCACAAAUUAAAAUCAAAGAAUUAAAACAACAAAUGGAUGAAAGUGAAAAAAUUGUUAAACAUAAUAUAGCUGAUGGUUCAGAUAAAAAUAAGACUUUAGAUGUUUAUGAUGGAAUGUUUAAAGGUGACACUAAACCAAAAAGAUAUAUACCAAAACAAAUACUUAAAUCAAAUUAUAAUUCAGUAAAAGAAAUAAAUAAAGGACUUAAUUCAAACGAUAAGAGAAGUCAAGUUGCAAGUUAUUUGGGAUUGUAA